AGAGGAAAAUUUCCCUUUCAAUUUCAUUUCUUUCCCCAAGAUUCCAAAAAUCCAAACAAGUGUAAACUUGUUUUCCUGGGUCAACGGUUAGCACAAUUUGGCGCGGAAGAAAACCUAAUCAAAAAUUCACUCUCGCUCCUCAUACUGCGACCAGUGAGUGAAAUGCUCUCACCAACACCAUCUCAAAUCACUCUGGUCAACCCACUUUCUCUUCAUGAUAUUCAACUACCCCUGUCAUCAUCAACACUGAAAAAAGUAAACUUCAUAAAGACAGAGAAUUUUGGCAGAAUUUACCCCCACAAUCUUCAUUCUUUUUCAUCAACCCCCCAUUUUUCAAUUUAUUUGCGUGCAUCAAGCUCCCACAACCACCCAGGUGCCACUUUCUUUGAUAAUAAUUCAUCGAGCCAUAAGUUGGUGGACUCGAAUUUCCUUGCUUCUAAGCUUUAGAAGUAUUAUGCAACAAAAGAAAUUAAAAAGUUGCAUACGAUUGUUAUUAAGUGUUUGGAGAGCCUAGUCAGCUUUGUUGACAAUAACUUGACUAGUGCUUAUGUGAGAGUGGGUGACUUAACUGACAUGCGCAAUGUGUUUGAUAAAAUGUCGCAACGAAAUGUUGUAUCUUGGAUUGCUAUUCUUACUGGGUAUGUAAGGUUUGGGUUAGAAGAUGAAGCCUUAUGGGUGUUCAAGGAAUUUGUUGAGAGUCAAGUCUGGGCGAAUUCGAAGACUUUUUGUGUGUUAAAUCUAUGCAGUAGGAGAUUAGAUCAUCAACUUGGGCAACAAAUUCAUGCAUUUGUAAUUGAAGGUAACUACUGAUACAGUAAUUUAGUUGUAGAUAGUGCCGUGGUUUGUAUGUACGCGCAAUGCGGCAACCUAUCUGCUGCAUUUCGCGUAUAUUUUGACAAGAUGCCAACUCAUGAUGUGGUUAGUUGGACAACAAUGAUCACAGCUUGCUCACAAGUUGGGUGGGGAGAGAAGGCUUUUUCAUUGUACUCGAAUAUGGUAUUAGGAGGAUUUGCUCCUAAUGAGUACACGAUUUGUAGUGUGGAUGCUUGCGGAGAUGAAGAGGCGUUGAAAUAUGGGAGACAGUUACACGAGGUCAUAGUUAAGAAGAUGUUUAAAAAUGAUGUGUUUGUAGGGACUUCAUUAGUGGACAUGUAUGCAAAAUGUGGUGAGAUUGCAGAUUCUAGGAAGGUGUUUGAUGGAAUGAGGAAGAGAAAUAUAGUUACAUGGACUUUCAUUAUAGCAGGGUAUGCUCGGAAUGGGCUUGGUGAGGAGGCCAUAAGUACCUUUAUGGUAAUGAAAAGGUGCAAUAUAUAUGCUAACGACUUGAUGAUGGUAAGCAUCGUCUAGGGACGUGGCUUGGUUGGAGAUCUAUGGUUAGGGCCGGAAGUUCAUGCGCAAUUAGUCAAGAGUUUUUUUCACAGCAAUAUAUACAUAGGACGCACUCUUGUGUGGCUCUAUUGCAAAUGCAGGGUGGACUACUCUACCGCAUCCAAGGUACUUAGAGAAAUGCCUUUUAAAGAUGUUGUGUCGUGGACUACGAUGAUUUCUGGUUCUGUUAGUCUUGGACAUGAGACCGAGGCUAUUGAAUUCUUAGAAGAGAUGCCAAGGGAAUGUAGCCAGCCAAACCCUUUCACGUAUUCAUUUGCUUUGAAAGCUUGUGGCAGACAACAAAAUAUACGGCAUGGGAGAUUGAUUCACUCCUAUGUAAACAGGACACCAGCCUGCUCUAAUGUGUAUGUGGGCCAUACAUUAGUUUUUAUCUAUGCGGAAUGUGCGUCAAUUGCAGAGGCAAUCCGAGUUUUCGAUAGCGUGCUGGAGCAGAAUUUGGGUGCUUACACAAAGAAUGAGUUCUGCCAAAAGGCUUUGAAGCUCAUCUGUCAAAUGCAAGCACAAGGCAUAGAGGUGGAUACCUUCUUACUUCCCAAAGUUCUUAGUGCAUGUGGAGAUGUUGACUGGAAUAUAAAUAGUUUACCGGAACAUUUCUUGCAGUCAACUUGAUCUUGCAUCCUAAUAAGAUUCCAAUUUAAAUUUGGAACUCUUUUUACGGAAUCUUGAUUGCCUUUCAUAUCAAGAUCUAUUGAAUAAAUUGUGGAAUAUGGACCAAAUUGAAAUGAAAAUCACGUGCCAUGCACAGGAAUAUGGGAUAAAUAUAGAAGUUGUAUCCUUAGUAGAAGCAAUUUCUUCAUCCAGAAUUCGCGCCAGAUUGAGAUUUUCUGUGAACCUUUGCCAAUCUUCGUCUAGCAUUCAUGCCCGAUUGAGGUUUUUCGCGGACCUCUGCCAAUCUGUCCUUCAUAGGAGAAGAAUGACAAAAAGAAGGUAAAAGUCGUGUUUAGUUGUCUUCAUUUGUUGCGGUAAUUUUGUCCUACAUUGAUUCUCAAGAAUCUUGUGGCAUGAUUGGCAUCUAGGAUUUUGAAUGCCAGAGUCGCUUGUAAGUUGUAACGUAAGGAUUGUUGUAUGGCUACAUAGAGAUUGUUUUAUGGCUAUUUGACCUAUGUUCUUAUAUACUCGAUGAAAUGUGAGUGCAUAGCAUUAAAGUUUCUUUAGGUAUAUUUUUACUAGUAGGGGAAACAGAUCUUAAUUGGUUUUUCUUUUUCGUUAAGUUAGCCUUUUGAGCUUUGAUGAUAUGUCAAAGUUAUUUUAUUUAAUUAACCCU